AUCAGCCCGGGGUGUCCUGAGGGACAACGUGUGACGGGGACGCGCGUUGGUUUGUAAGUGAACAGAGAGUGAACCAGACCACCGCCUCACUGUAACUUAGCACACCGGACUCACCACAACACACUGGGCUGUCCCGGCCUGUAUUAAUACUAACGGGAACCAGCUCGUGUCACUUUGGACUGUUCCACGUGUGAAUUCAGUGUUUUUACCUCGAGAUGGUUACUUUUUCGCGUUUUUUUGAAAACAUAUGAUCUUUUUUUGUGGUGUGAUUCGUGCGUAAAUCUGCCAAACCAACGUGCCAAAACACUGAUUUACAGGCAACACUUUGCGCAUUAAACUUGUCAGACUGCAGUUUGGUGUCAUUUCACUGCAGCGCACGUGUUUCCUGCUGAGGAUGUCCGUGAGGUGAGCUGCUGUUCAGGUGGAUGAGAUGUGACCAUGGAUUUUACGCACCGACUCGCUCUGCUCCUGCUCGGCUUCACCUUCAUCCACAUGGUUAAUGGAAAGUUUCCUCACUGCCAAUUCCACUGGGAGAUUCAGAGAGCCUGGAGAGAGUGCCAGACACAACUGCAGCAACAGACGCCUGUGAGCACAGGAAACCUCAGCAGGAACUGUACAGAAAAAGGUUGGUCUGACGUCUACCCCGCCAUCAUCAUCGCCUGCUGGUCCAACAACACAGAUGAACCCAACGAGCUGGUCUUCUACAGGGUGGUGAGGAUCCUGUCCACUCUGGGCCACAGCCUGUCCCUCAUCACUCUGCUCACCAGCUCAAUCAUCAUCUGUUUGUUCAGGAGGCUCCACUGCACGAGGAACUACAUCCAUCUGAACUUGUUUUUGUCGUUCAUGCUGCGAGCUGUAGCUGUGCUGACCAAAGACACGCUGCUCUUCUCAGACGAUCAAAACUCAGACUGCAGCACGCAACCCUCACUGGUGGGCUGUAAGGCCACGCUGGUGUUCUUCAACUACUUUGUCAUGGCCAACUUCUUCUGGCUGCUGGUGGAGGGUCUCUACCUGCACGCGCUGCUGCUUGUCGUCCACAGCUACUCCACCCGCCUCUCCAUGUACAUGAUCAUCGGCUGGGGAAUCCCUUUUGUUUUCAUGGUAGCGUGGAUCAUAUGUAGGAUAAAACUGGAGGACACAAGGUGUUGGGAGAUGAAUGACAACCCUGUCCCCAACAGACUGAUGAAUUGGCCCAUCAUGGCGUCUGUCAUUAUCAACUUCAUCCUGUUCAUCAGCAUCAUCCGCAUCCUGGUGCAGAAACUGCGCUGCACUGAUGUUGGAGGAAAUGAACAGUCACAGUACAGACGUCUGGCUAAGUCCACCCUCCUGCUGAUCCCUCUGUUUGGGGUGAACUAUGUGGUGUUUGUAUACCUGAUGGAACCGGCUGACAAAAACAUGAAGCACAUCAAGAUCUUCUUUGAACUUGCCCUGGGAUCAUUCCAGGGUCUGAUUGUGGCUGCCCUCUAUUGCUUCCUCAACAGUGAGGUCCAGAGCGAGCUGAGGAGGACAUGGAGGAGUUUAUCUCUCAAGCGUUAUGUGGGGCGGGAUUACAGGCUGCACACCAUGUCGGUCAGCCGAAACGGCACUGAAAACUCUGCUCAGUUUCCCAGAAAUUCCCGAGCCCAGUCCAUCCUGCAGACUGAAGUCACUGUGCUCUGACCGGGGACAGAGACAGCCUCUUCAUAAAGACUCUCAGCACUGAUGCUCAUAUUCAGAGCGACUCAGAAGGCAGGUGAAGUUCAAAGUCGUACUCAAGGACCCUUUUUAUAGACAUAUCUGUUGCUCCUGCAGGGAAUGAACCUGUGACCUGCUGAAGUUUCUAAGGCUAAGGACUUCUUGUUGGACUGUGUAUGCCUCCAGAAGAAGUAAUAACCUAGAAGAUUUUCAUUAGAAUAAAUGUCUGUUAAGUCACUAUCUAUCACUGAAUGAGGUAGCUUAAUGGCGAUUGAGCCUACAGCCCACUAGUGAAAGCCCUUGCAUUUGCAUCACAACAGGGUGUCUGUGGCAACAUUCCCCGGAAAAAAUCAAAAGGUGCGCACAGUUAGUGAUGCCUUUCUCAUCACUCAGCAGUGGUUGGUUCGCCAGAGAGGGUAGGUGAAGCUAGCGCAGCCAACUUGCUCUUUAUCUCGCUUCUUUUUUUGCCUGGUCUCUGCUGGCAUUGCGAUUAAACUGUUACUAUGGCACAACAAACAAACAAAAAAACAAACAAACAAAAAUGAUGUAGGGCGAUAACUACAGAUGAUGACACUUCAAAAAACAGUGCAAAACCAAAGAAAAAAAAAAAUCGCCAACUGACUCGUCACACAGGCGACACUUUCUGGACCUCCGGAAAGUGAGAUAAAAAAAAAAAAACAACACACCUGCAAUUACCAAUUAUCACCAUAGGUGCCGGCAACAAGAACAAAACAGAUGCUUGUGAUUGUAACUUUAACAUCACUGUCUUCAACAUUUUAUUAAAUCUAGACACAUGAAACAGUGCCUGCUGAAAUCAUGAUGAACAGAGACCUGCAUCAGCUAACUAUAUUUUAAGUCUACGUUUCAUAUCAUUAAACAUAAAAAAGUUACAAAUGAAGAGUCCAAAAUACUGCGUCAAUUAUGGAGAAAAUGAAUACGCUUAGGGCGGCACGGUGGUGUGGUGGUUAGCACUCUCGCCUCACAGCAAGAGGGUUGCCGGUUCGAUCCUGGGUGUGGGAGCCCUUCUGUGCGGAGUUUGCAUGUUCUCCCCGUGUCAGCGUGGGUUCUCUCCAGGCACUCCGGCUUCCUCCCACAGUCCAAAGACAUGCAGAUUGGGGACUAGGUUAAUUGAUAACUCUAAAUUGUCCAAAUGUGAGCGUGAAUGGUUGUUUGUCUCUAUGUGUCAGCCCUGCGAUAGUCUGGCAACCUGUCCAGGGUGUACCCUGCCUCUCGCCCGAUGUCAGCUGGGAUAGGCUCCAGCCCCCCCGCGACCCUCAAGAGGAUGAAGCGGUUAGAAGAUGAAUGAAUGAAUGAAUACGCUUACAUAUUAUCAUUUGUCUCAGGCAUUUCUAUUUUCUAUGUGUUCCGAGCUCUCAUGGGUUUCAUUAUUGAUUUACCCUCUCAAUGCACCUGAGAAAAUGUUUACUGUGCUUACCACCAAGAGGAUGGCCGUCACCCUGUCCGACUCUGACAGAAGCGGUGGUCAACCUUGGCCUGGCCAGAGGGAGGCAGAGGGGAUGAGACAGACUUCAACCUCAUCCUCGAUAAGGGGCACUUUCUUGUCAUACUCCCAGCCUUCAACAGUGGAGUUCAGCUGGUAUACCACCACUGGAGGGUUGGUGCUCAGCAGCAAUAGCCAUUCGGGCUGAGCGCAGUUAAAUAUGGGCCCCAUCUUGGGAAAGAACACACAAGGGCAGAACCUGCCACAUGGCUGAGUGCAGAGGCCUGCAUAGAAGAAGAGGAGAAAAAGGGUAAUAAUCGUUGGACAGUGCUUCUUUGUCUUUGGAGAAGGAAGCCGGGUCUUCCUCCGCAUUGAAAUAAUGGUCAUCAUCCUUACUGUAACCUGCCCAGGACUGAGUGGCUGCACCCUCCACUGCUGGUAAAACUUUCCUCAAGCUAAGAAAAAUUAUUAAAAAAUCGGUGAUGUCACCACAAUAUAGAGUCAAUGAGCUGAGUGGGAACUCGGGGGCGGGGCCAGUGGAAGAAACACUCCUGCACAUUUUCAGUGGGCUGCCCCAAAGGUAGAAAACUUUGUCGACAUAUCCGCCAGAUGAGCAGCUCUAUUGGAAUGAAUAGGCAUCAUCCUAGCAUUCGGUAUGUAGUUAUUAAAAUCUGUGCACUCAGUUCUCAAAGUGACUUAAUUAAAAAAGAAAGACGGUCAAUACAUGCGCUAGGAUUUUAUAGGGUUCAGGUGCCCUGUGUUUCCUACUUCCUGAAUGGACAGUGAGUACCAUAAAUCUUUCCUCAGAUGCUUAGGCGGAGGAUAAACCAAUAGCAAAGGCUGUUACAGAGCUACGCACAGACUCAUGGAGCUCAAGUUACGUUCAGGUAGCUAUCGUUUCCGGGAUACAGCUGAGUGUUUCAUCUGUUACAGUGAAGACAACUGUUUAAUAAUAAGUGUUUGUACCAGCAGAUAUUUUAGGUAGGUAUAUAUCUUUCCUUGUGUUGUUCUUUUGGUUUUGGAAGAAGAGACUUUUUUACCAUACAUUUACAAUAAAGAUUACAAACAAACCAUGACGAAGUGACGCAUAAGAAAUAUGUUGUUUUAUCUUAUUAACAGCCAAACAUGUUGCAGAGAAUAACUGAUUUUGACAAUCAUGAAUUUAUUAUUAUUUUUAUUAUUAUUAUUUUAAUUAAGUGGGUCCUAAGAAGCAGACUAUUUAAUGUAAGAUUUAUCGUAAAUAUUACCUGCUUACUUGGAAUGAAAUAUUCCAAAUAAUCAGUCCUCUUGUGGCCAUUUUCAGUAAGACACGUGGCUGCAGUGGUUCCUGUUUUUUGGCUAGUGAUGCUUUAUAAUGAGGCAGCAUCUACUUGCGACCCUCUUUUAUAUGUCAUAUGCCACAUUUAACCCUUGUUAUAGUAUAUUUGAAUGAUUUUUGCCAGCCUUAACAUGUAAAAUGAUCCAGUAGUUCAAGAGAAAAAAGAUUUGUGUAGCAGAAAUACAUUUUCUGGUCCAUCAUCUCAUGACUCCUCACAUUAAUCUUGCAGUCCCUCGUUGGGGUUCUGACUGCACAUGUUGGAAACUACUGUCUUAUAAACAGAGGAGUUUCAUCAGAAAGCAUACAGGUUACUGUAACUCAUGUAAAUCGUUAGUCUUUUUUGUUUGUGUGUUUAUUUUUCAUAUGUAGUUUUUUGUGCCAAAAUGAAAGUUUGAACUCUGAGGCUUCAUCUUGGGCUUCAGUGUUUCACACCAGAAUUUUUCUUCUCAAGAUGGAAACAGGAUCUGAAACUGUAGACCAUCAUCAGACACAAAAACUAUUCAGUAGAAGACAACUGUUGCCUUUAAAUGAAAUACAUUGAAUGACGAAAAACAAAAACAUACUUUGCCUUGUACAGAGAAUGUUUGUUUUGUAUUUUAUGUCUUGUUUUUUACACAGUUGAGUUUAUUAAUGUUGGAUAUGUACAUGAGGUGGGCGGAGAUUUAUAAGCUUUUGAACACAACUGUAAACCUGUGA